AUGGAGCAUGGGCCAUGGAGCAUGGGGCAUGAGGCAUGGGGCAUCAGGCAUGGGGCAUGGGGCAUUGGGCAUGAGGCAUGGGGCAUGGAGCAUGGGGCAUGGAGCAUGGGGCAUGAGGCAUGGGGCAUGGAGCAUGGGGCAUGGAGCAUGGGGCAUGGAGCAUGGGGCAUGGGGCAUGAGGCAUGGGGCAUGGAGCAUGGGGCAUGGAGCAUGGGGCAUGGAGCAUGGGGCAUGGAGCAUGGGGCAUGGGGCAUGGGGCAUGAGGCAUGGGGCAUGGGGCAUGGGGCAUGGGGCAUGGGGCAUCGGGCAUGGGGCAUGGGGCAUGGAGCAUGGGGCAUGGAGCAUGGGGCAUGGAGCAUGGGGCAUGAGGCAUGGGGCAUGGAGCAUGGUGCAUGGAGCAUGGGGCAGGGAGCAUGGGGCAUGGAGCAUGGGGCAUGGAGCAUGGGGCAUGGGGCGCAUGGGGCAUGGAGCAUGGGGCAUGAGGCAUGGGGCAUGGAGCAUGGGGCAUGGAGCAUGGGGCAUGGGGCAUGGGGCAUGAGGCAUGGGGCAUGGGGCAUGGGGCAUGGGGCAUGGGGCAUGGAGCAGCAUGGAGAUCACAGGUAA